ACCACGACACACAGGCAGACAGUCAGUCAGUCACACGCACACAUACAGACGCGCAUGCAUACGUACAGUGACAGUGUUGUGGCAUAUGUGUAAUCAAAACGUCGGGGCCCGCACUAAAGAGCAAAGCGUUUAUAUAUAGAAAAUUUUACGCACAGCUGAGGAAAAAUUCAUUUAGUAGUUCGGUCGUGCAACUGAAAAUAAAUUAAAGAACAUUUUAGUGUGCGAAACUAGCAGAAACAGCAGCAGCAGCAGAAAAAUAAGCGAGUUCAAAACGCGUUCACAAUAUACACAGUUAAAUAUUACGCAUACGCCGCGUGUGUUUAUCGUUGUGUGCGUUGCAAAUAGCUAUAGCUAGGAGAAAAUCAACGAUUGGCGCCAGCGUCGCUGCUGACGUUGCACGAGACGACGACGACGACUCCACCCAAAAUUGUGUACCAAAUUUGGUCAAAUGCUUUAAACGCUGUCCAGCACCAAUGCUUGUGCUAGUCGCAACAACAACAACAACGUAAAAAGUUAACAACAACAAAAGCACAAAAAAUGCUAACAAAAUGCUUAGUACAUGCGAAAAGUUGAUGACACAUUUCGCUGUCAUUUUGACCGCAUUUCUUGCCUGCCAGCCACUGUUGUUGCUGCUGAUCUGCGGUCCGCCAGCGUUGCCGCAUGGCAGCAGUGUCUCCCCGAUGCUGGUGCGUGCCUCUGCCGCCGAUGAAGCCGUUGGCAAGUGGGCCACACAGUUUGGGGAUGAGCUGUAUUUGCUGGCCAAAACCAUAACCAAAUCCGAUGAGAUUAAGCAAAAGUACAAGGAGUACAAUGCACGCGUGGAGCUCAAAGAUGGCACCGAGCUCAUCAAGUCGGUUACAGCUAAUCUCGGCAAAAUGUUGGCGCGUAAAAUGGACGCAGUGCGUUGCAUACAGGAGCUUGCAGAGUCUGUCAAUGAGAAUUUUGAUUUCAACUAUACUUCCGCUAGAGAUAACUACACCUACUACUCAAGUAAGUACUCCACGUUCAAUGGCAACAGCUCGGAAAAGCCGCUAACGGAAGAUCCGGAUAUUAUACGCAUGUACAGCGAGAUGAAGCUGAAUCCCGAUACACAUUUCUACAAUAUGCCCGUGGAUACGGAACACAGUUCGGUGCAUGUGCCUUCGAAUGUGUGGGAUCGUGCACCAGAUGUUUUGAAUGUUAUACAAUGGUCGGAGCAGCUAGAUAAGGUCUUUAAACAAAACUAUCAAUCCGAUCCGGCCCUAUCCUGGCAGUACUUUGGCUCCGAUACGGGCAUAUUACGACAUUAUCCCGCAUCACAGUGGACUGACUCGCGUACUAACAAAGUAGAUGCGGAUACUUAUGACUGUCGUAAGCGUUCCUGGUACAUUGAAACUGCCACCUGUUCGAAGGAUAUUGUCAUACUAUUGGACCACUCAGGUUCCAUGACGGGACAUCGACAUCAUGUGGCCAAAUUCACCAUACGCAGCAUACUGGACACUUUCUCGAACAAUGAUUUCUUUACCAUACUCAAAUAUUCAGCUGCGGUGGAUGACAUCAUCAGCUGCUUCAGCGGUGCAUUGGUACAAGCGACGCCAGAGAAUAUAGAUGUCUUCAAUACAGCUAUUGAAAAGCUUCAUCCGCCGAAUGGUUAUGCCAAUCUAACACUCGCCUAUGAGCAGGGCUUCCAGCUGUUACGCAAAUACUAUGAGAGUCGUAAUUGCAGUGGCAACUCCACUUGUAAUCAGGCCAUUAUGCUGGUAACCGAUGGUGUUGCCGGCAAUACGACUGAGGUGUUUGAGAAAUACAACUGGGGCAUUGGUGAGAAUGGCACCAAGAUGAAUGUGCGCGUUUUUACGUAUCUGCUGGGCAAGGAAGUGACCAAAGUGCGUGAAAUACAAUGGAUGGCAUGUCUGAAUCGUGGCUACUACUCGCAUGUGCAAACUCUGGAUGAAGUGCAUGAGGAGGUGCUCAAGUAUGUGGAUGUCAUUGCCACACCGCUAGUGCUACAAAACUCAACACAUCCACCCACCUGGACGCAUGCCUUUACGGAUAAGACGUAUGAUCCAAAAACAUCUAAGGAACGCAAGCCGCGUCUAAUGAUUGCCGUCGGAGUGCCUGCCUUUGAUCGUUCCUAUCUUUUGGAGAACAGCACUAGACGUCGAGCACGUCUGUUGGGCGUAGCUGGCACUGAUGUUCCAGUCGAAGAUAUUGAUAAGCUAACGCUGCCCUAUAAGCUUGGCGUCAAUGGCUACUCGUUCGUAGUGUCCAACAAUGGCUACGUCUUACUUCAUCCGGAUCUUCGACCCAUUGGCUCCAAUGGCAAAAUGAAUCCCAACUAUAAUAGCAUCGAUUUUACCGAAGUGGAACAUUUGUUUGAAGAUCAGUUACCACGUGAGCCGGGGGAGCAAUUAAUUGAUAUACGUAAUGCUAUGGUGCAUCAUGAGGCACGGGAAUUUAAAGAUAUAAAAGUGAAACUACAUUACGACAAAAUGCGUCGCGUUUCGGAAGAAAAACAGGAUUACUUCUUUGCCCCAUUGCCAAAUACACCAUUUACCCUUGGCAUUGUCAUGCCCAGCGAAUAUGGCAAGACUUGGAUUAAGGUGGGCGAGGAGGUGUUCAAGAACAAGCACAUGAAAGUGAAUAUAUCGGAUUUCUUUAUUGGCGACAAUUGGAAGGUGCAUCCAGAUUGGGUAUACUGCAAGUAUCACUAUCUGGAGGGUCAUGAGUUUGCAACGCCUGAAGUGGAGCUGCGUGAGUUUCUUGGCAAAAUGAUGCAACCCGGCUGGAAAUUUUCAGAGCAAUAUGCUGAAGACGAAUCCGAUUGGGAUGACAAAGAUGAUCUUAACUGCGGCCGCAAGACUCUUGGUGAUGAUGCCUACUACUGCAACGAGGAGUUGGUGCAUUUGCUAAUUUUUGAUGCCAAGGUUACCAACUUUAGCUACGGUGAAUGGAAGUUUCAGACCAUUGAGGAGCGUCAGCUCUUUGAACGUUUUGGCGCUACUUUACGCUUUGUCGCCACCAUGAGCGGCUUAACGCGCUGGCAGUUUAUCUUUGGCGAAGUGGAGGUGGAUACGGAUCAGGAAUUUGGCGAUUAUCAUACCACUGCUAUUGAUGAAACCUGGUACAAGAGCGCCAUAUUACAGCAUCAUUCCGACAACCAGGAAAGCUUUGUCUAUUCCGUUAAGCACUACAACGAUCCGCUGGAGGAUGCUGAUCUAAAGGUGACCGCCUCGCAUGCUAUAUUUCCACGUGAUGGCGGCAAGGAAGCGCCUGCCUGUGUGGUCGGCUUUCAGUUCUCGCAUGCGCGCAUGUGGGAGCGCUUCUUCAAUAUAACAGCCGUAGAUAAUUGCAACAAUUGCUUGCCCAUCUGCACGGAUGAUGACAUCGACUGCGUGGUAAUUGACAACAAUGCUUAUAUUGUUGUUGGGCAGAAUAUAAAUACCACAGGCAAGUUCUUUGGCGAAUUUCAUGGCGAUGUUAUGACAGCUAUGGUGAUGAAGGGGAUCUACAAACAAAUCGAGGUGUAUGAUUAUCAAGAACUAUGUGAGGUCAAGCCUACAUCGCCUAGCGAAGGACACAGUCUAUUGCAUCCUCUUAAAUUAUUGAGUCUGGCGUUUAAGUGGCUUAUAGCAGAGCUCUUCCUACAGUACCAGAACGUAAAGUGGUGGGUGGAAGCUGCGCCCUUCAUGGAAUAUCUGGACAAUAUUGAAGAUGAAUAUUCGCCUGUUGGAGGCAGUAACACGGCGGGGGCUGGCAGUCCCAAAGAUGACACCGAUGAUGCUGACAUAAUAUUCAAAGAACCCGAACCCGAGCCCAUAUAUGAAGCCUGCGAUAUGCGUUCCACCCUCUAUGCCUUACAGCCCAGCUCGCUCAAUGGCAUCACUGACUAUGUGGAGGCGCCAUCAACGCGUCCGUUUUUGGUUAAAAAGAUACCCAACUCGAACCUGCUGCUGGUUGUAGUCAAUGUGCUGAUGCCAUCACGCAGUGUUCAUCUCACCACCGAACCACAACGCAUUACUAACUAUGCGCAGGAGUUUCCUUGCUAUAAGCUCAACAUGAGCUUCUACGAGCGACGACGCAUUGAGGAGUGUUACACCGAACACAAAGAUGAGGAGCUAUACACCUAUUGCGGCAGAGGCUCACGAUUGGGCCUGACGCUUCAGCUGCUCCCAUUGACCAUAAUUUUUAUGUUUUACCUGACGCGUUGCUUUAUGCGCGUUUAGUUUAUACAAACUAUUUAGAGCGAUCUGUUUGUUUUUAUAUUAUAAUAUACUAUUGUGUAGUACAAUUCUAGUCGAAUGUUUAACAAGUAAAACCAGAAACCAACUUAACGAAAAAGCACAAUCUUUGAAGCCACAAAUAAAAUCAGAAUUAGCAACAACAAAUUCAACACUUAGACUUAAAGCAUACGCCAAAAUGUUAGCAAAAAUGUAUGUAUUAAGAAAAUUUGAGUAUAGUAAGUUAAAAAAAAAAACAGUUAGAAGUUUUAGGAACAUACAGACUUCCAUUCGGAAUAAAAUUUUAAAUAAUAUUUCUAACAAUUUUUGAUUUGUUCAGUUCUAUUAAUAUUAAAACUUUAGCUGAAAAUAUCCCACAUAACACAUAACAUUAAAAGUUUCAAAUCGUAAAACCUAUGCCAAAUAUUAAACGCGUAACGAAACAGUAAACAGAAAAAAUAAUUCAUAUAAUGACAAUUAUUUUUGUAAUUUUAUAAGAUUAGUUGAAAUUUUAUAAUCAACAAAACCUAUUAAUAAAUGUACAUUUUAACACAUUUAACAAGCUCCAAAAACUUUCACACUCAGCUAUACAAAUUUCGUCCUAUGCCCAGCCGACACUAUUUUAACUUUUUCAUAUACAAUCAAAAGAAUUUUUACAAUACAACAAACAAGUAAAAAACAUAAUAGAUGUAUUAAAUGAUUUUAUAGA